AGAAGAAAAAAUGGGAUGGAGGAGCCUUCUUCUUCUACUUGUUGUGGUUCAUCAUCGUCGUCGUCAAGUUGAAGUGCCAUAAUUUGAUUGAACGUUCAAAAUUCAGCAAAUCUUCGCAUGUUCUCUCUCUACUCCCAUAUCUUGAGAUUGCUACCAUUGCAAUGUCUUGGUUCUUCAAAUCUUUCGAAUCCGACGACCCUGAUUCUUCCCACUCCCACUCCCACUCCCACCUCUCUUCCUCUCCGGAACACUCCCCCUCCACCUCUCCGCCUGCCCUCACACACGACCUCUCCCUCCUCGGCCAAACCCUCACCACCAGAUUUCGCGGCGUUGCCGAAUUUCUGGCACCAUCGCCUGCUACUUCGAUCACCCCCACCUCCUCCGUUGAUUCAUCCGAUGCUCCAUCAUCGUCGCAAUCUCUCCUAGGGAUCCGCAACGAUCUGGUCGAAAUCAGCGGGAGCUUCAGAACCGGCCUUUCCCUUCUGUCCAGUAACAAGGCGGUGAGUGAGAUCUCGAGGCUCGCUUCGAACUUUUUGCUGUUCCAGAACGACGAAGUUAGAGACGAACAAGUUUCGGGAGAGGACGACGACGAUUGUAUUGAUGAUGGUGUGCCUGGGGUCACCGAUGAAGUUGUUGAUUUUGUGUGCGAUAUUUCGGCGCGCCCCGAGCUCUGGAACGAUUUUCCUUUACCACUCGACAACGAUUUCAACAUGUCUGAUGCUCAGAGAGAACAUGCUUCAACCGUUGAGCAUCUAUCCCCAAGUUUGGCAGCUCUUAGAGUUAAACUUCAGAGUUAUAUGAGUGAAGAAAGAUUUUGGAUAAUUUAUUUCAUAUUGUUGCUGCCAAGAUUAAGUGAACAUGAUUUUGGGCUUCUAUCAACUUCCAAGAUUGUGGAAUCAAGAGAUGCACUUUUGCAGAAGCUGCAAAAGAAUGCACAGGUGGAGAAUGACAACAGAAAGACUCUUGAUAAAUCUCAAGAUGGCUGCAUGGCCAGCAAGCCAGAAGGGAAGAAUGUACUAUCUGAGGAAGAGGCUUCAACUGGCAUCAUAAGUGGAGGAGUAGAAAUGGAUGAUGAACAGAAUACUGACAAGUGGUUAGAAGAUGAACCUAUUGAUACAGGCACUACUUUGGGUGCCCAGGAAAAACUUGAACAUGAGGAGGACAUUUCAUUCAGUGAUCUGGAGGAGGAUGAUAAUGAUCUCUCUAAUAGACUAUCAGGCCUUAACUCUGCCGAGGAAACUAAGUCACCCAGAGGAUGCAAUGACUGGGUUCAACUGAAGGGAAGUCCUGAGUUUCUGGUUGGUGGUGGCCAGCAAAAGGCAGUCCACUCAAAUUCUCAUGAUAAAGAUUCGGAAGGUGAGGAGUCGAAUGACUGGCUUACUGUUGAUGAUUUUGAUUAGAGUUUGGUAGUUUGUUUUAUUCCCGAUUUAUUGUGAAGUUUCUAUUUGUUUUUCUUGGGGCUCUGUACAAAAAUUUUCAAUCAAUAGCAUCAAGUUAUUUGUUUUAA